AUGUACUUGCUACUACUGCUGCUCAUCAUGACAUCAUCAUCUCGACAAUUGGAAAUCCCCAACGAUCCUCCGGAUCUGGAUCAAAAUGUGCAUACCUUACUUAGUUGGUACUUCAAGAACGCGUCGACCAUUACUUUAGUUAGCUCCAAUACUACGUUGAGCGAAUUACUGCUGAGGACUGCGUUUCCGCAAUUGAAGCACUCCUUCAGGAUCUUCAGAGAUCACCGAAAUCUCUCAAUCGGCAACAAUCAUGUUUCUAAUAACUUUCUCUUAGCUGCCGAUCGGAUCAUGGAGAUCAGAGAUAUUCUGGCCAGAUUUCGUCAUUACCGAUAUAAAGCAACGACAAACUUUUUAAUAAUCUCUAAAACACCGCUCACCCAGAUUUUCAUCGAAAGCUUCAAGAUGAAACUUAAAAAUUUGCUCAUCCUGCAAAUAGGCUCAUUGAAGGUCUUCUAUCAUAACUAUUACACGAAUAAAACGAGCACUUUUAAGAUCACGAACGUUGAUGGGAUUCUGCGAGCCUUCUAUGAUCUUGAUUAUAACGGUUACACAAUUAGAGGAACGCUCUUCGAAACUCCUCCGACUACGUUAAGAAUGGACAACGGUGGCUUUGAAGGCAUGGAUUAUAUGGUUUUCACCACCAUAGCUUUGGAGCUCAAUUUAACAUUGGAAUUGCACGAGCCCUACGAUGGGCAGCUGUUCGGUUCCAGGGAACUCGAUGGCACAGCGACUGGAUCCAUUAAUGAGUUAUAUACCGGAGAAACGGAUGUCUCCUGUAAUCAAUUGUUCCUUAAGAACUAUAACGCUCCGGAGCUACUCUUCACAUCCAUCGUACAGAAUGAUCAGCUGUGCGUGGAAGUUCCUAAGGAAGGACGAAAACCGGGCUGGACAUCGCUCUUCGCUACCUUCUGUCCAACCCUCUGGAUUCUGCUCUACGCCACUGUAAUCUCAUUCUAUCUAUGCCUGCUUUUGAUGAGAAGACUCGACGUAACGGAUCAUCACCGACACCGUUCUUGGGCCAUCUUCGACGUCCUUCAAGUCUUGUUCGACACGGCCCCUUGGCAUCACUUCAACAACCUACUAUCAGAAAAAAUCUACUUGGUGUCACUCUUGAUUUUGACAUUGUUGCUGAACACCUCCUUUCAAGGGUCACUGGUGAACGUAAUCCGCAAUCCGCGUUAUUACAAGAACAUUAACACCUUGGAAGAAUUGGACAACUCCGGAUAUUUGAUAUCAACGAGCUCCAGAAAUCUGAGAGACACGUUCUCAGGAUCGAAUCACCCCCACAUCCAAUCACUGGAUAGGAAGCUGUACCUAAAGCCGAAAGGUUUCAGUUAUCAGGCGUUGCUAUCCCGAAAGACAAAGGUACAGUACAUGUAUUUAAUUGAGAAGGAAAAGGUGACCAAACACAUGGUGGAUGAGUGCCCGCAGACGUACAUGCUCGCCUAUCUAGUACACAGGGACUCUAUGUUCUACCAGGAUAUGAGUAAAAUACUGGAUAAACUGAUAGAAGCCGGACUGCCGCGCAAAUGGUACAAAGACGUCAUAAUCAAACUGACGAUAAAAUCGAUGCAGAUCAGCAGCAAAUACAGUGUGGACACUAACCAACCCGUGGUGUUCACAUUGUAUGAUCUGCAGUCCAGCUUUUACAUACUUAUCAUUGGGUUAUUAUGCAGCGGCGUAGCUUUCGCAGUCGAAAUAUUAAGAAAUAACUUUAAAUGA